AACACCAACCACACCACUGUAGUGUCCAACACCUUAGGACCCUACAACCCCUGUAACUAGCCAUACUUUAACAGAUGCAAUUCUUUUCCAAUACCCGGGCACCCGGAAAGUAAGGCAGCAGGGGCACACAAGGGGGAGCAGGGAAUCCCAGGAGCCUUCCCGUUGAGCUCAACCCAGCCCCAGCAGGAGCAUCCCAGGUUAGGGAAAGCGCGAGGACUGUUCUCCACACGCGCCUUAAUCACCGACAGGGUUGCCAGAAUGGAGAGACCUGGUGCUGGUUGGAAUGCCUGCCCACUGCCACCAUCGACGAGAGCCCGACCGAAGAAGGGGGCACGCAAAGACUUGACACCCGGCUAUACUUCUUCGGGGUCUGAGGCGCAAGAUGAUGACGGCUUUGAACCCACCACAGGCCGCGUCUUCAAUCAGGCCUCAACAAGAGACCGCGCUUCCAUACCAGAACGCCCUACUCUCAGUCUCGGUCACUAUACCGUCCACUUCCCUGCUGAGAGCGCACUCGGUAGCCGCUCCAAGUCUGAGUAUCCUACCAAGCCGAGAGUUUCUGAGAGCCGGAGUGGCGAAGACAAUUUCAGUCGAGAUCUUAUUCUUCCACACUUCAUCCGCAUAUCCAUCAACGCAAUCUGUUCAGAUCUAAGAGAGAUCGAGAAUACCCUGGGUGACUCUCAUCAGCUGCACCAGUCUCAUAACCCCGUCGCCACUAUUAUGAAGCAGCUCAUGGCACUGGCAAAGGCUUGCGAGUUCAUGAAUCUAGAAGUAAAGAGGCUCACUCAGGAACGCGACGCCGCCGAAGUCCCAAACCCGGUCCCGGAGGAACCCACCGAGGCGCUCACAGAGCAAAGACACUCAUCCCAAACUCUUAUCGCUCCGCCUCAAUCACCAGCGCUUACACCAUAUAUAAAAGAGAAAGCAGUGGAUGAGAUCUGGGGCGAUGGCGUCCAGUUAGCAGAUCCGACUGAGAGGCUCGAUAAGCUCUGCUCUGGGCUGGCCAGCUUUUUGGGAAAGCUAUUUCGCAUCAAUGGGCAGACUAAUAACAAAGCCAUUGUUGAGUUUGUUGCACAAUUCAGGUUACGCAGAUCUGCAACCCCUCGUACCGACGCAACUCAACUGCCGGGAUUUUGGAAGGCCCGGGAAUCGUGGAGUCCUGCACGCAUCACACCAAUGACGCUGGAGCCAAGUCUCGAAGAUUAUUCUUCGCCGCCGCAGGCGGCAAUAGCCUUGGUCGAGACGAUGACGAGUCUCCGCCCAACAAUCAGCAGGGGCGUCUUGAGCGCAAGAAGAGUACUGCUCGCGACCAUGGUCUGCGAACUUUGCCGCUAUAUUGAGAGUGCGAUGCCUGAUGCCCCAAGAGAGAAUUGGAACAUCGGUAGCAUUCUCGGACCGGAGGCGCAGCUCGCCGUCCAAGAGCUCCCAGUUGGAAAGCUGGCGGCUGCUCUUGGCGACUCGGAUCGAUCAAGCACGCAACAAAUUAAAGAUCAGCUCGCCUCGGGUUGCGGGGACCAUUUCUGCGCCCUUUCAUUUGCGGACGAGGACGGCAAGACACGCGAGAUUGGACUUCUUCAUUGUGACGAAAGUUCAAACUUUCUCAUAAUCGAUUUUGCUGGUAGGUUCUUCCGCCUCGUGGACUGCCAGCUGGCGUCGAUGAUGCCGAACCUCACCGAACCAUAAAAGCUGGAUCUCAUAAUUGAAAGAUCUGAUGAGAAUCUGCUGAAAAUGGCGGCCGUGCCGAGGGGCGUGGCGGCGUUCUGGCUCAAAUACGCCAUGACGGACGUUUGAGCCUCCGCCUGACUGAGGAGAUCUAACGCGGGUAUGAUACAUCUUGGGGUGAUGAUGGGGGGGUUUUUUGAGUCACUGGGCAAACUCGACCUACGAGCAGUUUUGAUUCUGCAGGCCAACAGGGCCUGUCUUUUUGUACAGUUAGGACGCAGCAGCUUCCAGUCAACAGGUAGCAGGAAUCAGUUGAUUAUUCAA